AUGGUCGGUGGCGAGGCGGCUGCCGCGGUGGCGGAGCUGGUUUCGGGGGUGCGGCAGGCGGCUGACUUCGCGGAGCAGUUCCGCUCCUACUCGGAGAGCGAGAAGCAGUGGAAGGCUCGCAUGGAAUUCAUCCUGCGCCACUUGCCCGACUACCGCGACCCGCCAGAUGGCGGUGGCCGCCUGGACCAGCUGCUGUCCCUCUCCAUGGUGUGGGCCAACCACCUCUUCCUGGGUUGCAGUUACAACAAAGACCUUUUAGACAAAGUGAUGGAAAUGGCUGAUGGGAUUGAAGUGGAAGACCUGCCACAGUUUACUACCAGAAGUGAAUUAAUGAAAAAGCAUCAAAGCUAAGGCAGAAGAUUCAUCACAUUUUCAACAUCAGCUUAGGAAGGAGGCUGGGAUGAAUGUGACAUUGACCACGGCAGCUCUCUUAAGAUUCCUGGUAUUUCAACCUGUAGGAAAUCAAGAGGCAGUUGGAAUGACAGAUAGUCUUGUCUAGAUUGGAGUUUUAAAAGGUCUCAUUCUUCCAGUAGCUAUCAUUCUAAAAGUGUGCAUGGAUAUUUGUGGAUUUAUAAAUCAUGCCUUUUUU